AUGAGAUACCCCUCGGUCGUAAAUUCGUAUACAAAUUCGAGAAGUAGAACAAACACAUAUGUAUACGGAAUGAGGCCGGCAGACUGGAUACAGUACAGAGAGCACAGAAAGGCAUCCUGGUGGAUAGGGAGUGGGAGGAACCGCCAGAAGAUGACGGAGCCUGCAGAAGCGUCGAUGGUUCGUGAUGAUGAAGAGACUGCUGAAGGAGCCCCGGGCAGAGGAGCAAGGAAGAAGACAAAGUGCAGUCCCAUCAAAAGGCACGCAACCGCAUCUGGGAUGCACCGCAUGUAA